CGGCCUGUCGGACCAGCGCAUGCGCGGGAGUGGCGGCGAGGGAACGCCAUCUUGAGUCGCGCUGUUUUUGAGAGCGAGCGACUAUGGCGGAGGAGAGCGAGGUGGCGGUCCCGGUCGUUGAACACAGUCAGCGGAUGAUUACCGAACUCAGGGUGGUGGAUUUAAAAGCAGAGCUGAAGAGAAGAAGCCUUGAUACCAGUGGCAACAAAAGCGUCCUGAUUGAACGGCUGCGGCAGGUAAUCGAAGAUGGAGGAAACCCUGGUGAAAUUUUAAUCACUCCAGACAAUCCAAACAUAAUAUCAAAGAGGAUUGGUAAAGGGCACAAAAUUGAGGAUGGUGAGACAGAGGACUCUGCAGAGGAGGAUUUUGCUGGAAAGCAGGAGGAUAUUGAAGCUUUUGUUGACCAAGUUCAUGAUACCGAAGCAAUGAAUGUGUCUGAAAUGGAGUACGCUGACAGUGAAGAGACGGAAGCUGUUCUGGACAAAGCCAUUGGAUGUAUUUCGGACUCCACGUCAGUUGAUAAAGAACCAAAAGAGACAACAGAAUAUCCUGCAGAGGGAGAACCAAAGCAAGUUAAUGAAGAAAUUGAAGCAAUACUGGAAGAACCAGAAAAAGAGAAUGUAGCUGAGAAUUCGGGGGAGGCUUGUAGUUCAGUUCCUACAGAGGAGAAGCCCCCUGAAGACCCUCGGGUAUUGAUGCAAUAUAUGAUUGAUGUGGAUGCUUGCGGUAUGGAAAAGGAAGAUGGAACCUUGCUUCCAGUGGAGGACAAAAUUACGUUGGACGAGGGUAGUGACCUGGAUGGACCCAAGAUGGAGACCGAAUGUGGACAGCCCAAUGAUGUUGAGAAGAUGGACAUGAUUGAAAGUAAAGCGGAAUGCUACCACCAUGAAGCAGACGAGGGAGAGACUACGAAAACAGGAGUGGAGCCACUGCCAAGACCCGAGGAAUAUAAAACCAGUCCAAGGAGACCAGAAGAUGAAGGUUCUGACAAAGCUGAAAAGAAAGAACCUUCGGUUGUAGAGGGCAGUGAUCAGAAGAGCUCUGACGAUGGAAAAAAUAUUAAGGAUGUGGCAGGUGUAAAAGGUGAACCUGGUUCCAGUAGAUCCUCGGAUGCUACAGGCACGAACCUUUGGGUGAGUGGUCUGUCCUCCACUACCAGGGCAUCCGACUUGAAGAAUCUCUUCAGUAAAUAUGGCAAGGUGAUUUGUGCAAAAGUCGUAACAGAUGCUCGUAAUCCUGGUGCACGCUGCUAUGGAUUCAUAACCAUGUUGGUACCCGAGAAUGCAACAGAAUGCAUCUCAUCCUUGAAUCAGUCUGAACUAAAUGGACAAACUAUCACUGUCGAAAUGGCUAAAAGCGAACCUAGCUGUAAGAAGCGUACAGAGCAGAAAGGAGAAAAUGUCGACGCGCUCUCCAAAAUAAAUAUCAGCCAAAAAAGUGGGAAUGAUGGAGAUUACUCCAGAGAUAAGUCAUCGGUCACUGGAAAAGGUGGGAACAGAAAGGACAAUGAAGGAGGCGCCAGAAAAAUGUUUGGGAGAAAAGGCAGAAGACGGGCAAAGGAUGUUGUGCACACACCAUACUCAAGAAUUCAAGCUCCAGAGAGAAGGAGAUGGACAGGGUCCAGAAAUCGUCAAAGAAGAUCUCGCAGCAGAGAUAGAGGAAGAGAUGUUAUGUCCUUUCAAGAGCUUAUAGAAAGGAGAGAAAGGGAUCGGCAUCGGAGCAGACGUAAAGAAUUUGAGAGGUACAGAAACUCAAGUGCUACUUCCAGAGAACGAGAUGUGCCGAAUCGAGAAAGCCGAUGGGAACGGGAAGGUAGUCAAAUUCUGGAGAGGGAACGAGAGCGACUGCAAAUUGAGAGGAUGCGACUUGAAAGAGAGAGGAACUGGAGAGAGACACUGGAGAGAGAGAGGUUGCUUGUUGAAGAGGAGAGGAGACGAGAACUGGAGCUAAUACAUCAAGAGAAGGAAAAACUGUUCAGAGCGAUGCAUUAUGAACAGUCUGCGAGAAGGCCUUUCGAAAGGCCCUCUGAACGGGCUUACGAUAAGCCUUAUGAAAGCACUUGCAAUCGAGAUUGGAACAGUGAUCGUAGUCGGAAAAUGGAUGGAUAUCCUGAUCGUUCCGGGCAAGGGAUAAUGGAUGACGGAAUUAUGUCAAGGGAUCAUUGGCAAGGUGAUGGACGGAGCAUGUCUGGUCAGUCUGUGGCAAGUUACAGUAUGGUUAGAGGAGGUGGAGGAGGACAGCGGAAAUAGGUCGAUUCUUCAUUGCUCUCUGCACAUACAGAUCCUGUUCACACCAUGCUUCCUAAUAUUCUGCUACUGCUCUUGACUUCUCUACCAGAAAACACCAGGAGUGGUUUGAUGAAAACGACCCUGAGAUCCAGGACCUAAUUAUUCGCAAACGCAAGGCCUUCUUGGAAUGGAAACUCGAUCACACUUCAAAUGAGAAAAAACAACUCUACAGACAACUGAAGGCUGAGGUCCAACAAAAAACUCGUGACCUAAAGAAUAAAUGGGUGGAAAGAUCACAGUUAAUUCAGCAACUAGUUGAAAAUUGUGAUGUGCAUGGAUUCUUUAGCUCAUCAAGACCAUCUGUGGCUCAAACACCCUAUGGCCCUCCACUCUAAGAGCUAAUAUAGAUGCAGACUUAUCAAGAACAAAAGAUCAGUUAGCAUCUGUUGGUAGGUUCGCCUCAAAGAACUCCUCAACCGCAACUCUGUUUUUGCCUCCAUCCCACAGCACAAUAUUAAUUUUAGACUCGCCAUCUGCAGACCAACAAAAGGUUGAAAAGAUCAUUGUCAACUGACAAACAGCAAGACCUUGGGUCAGAUGAUUUUCCCUUCUGAAGUUCUCAAAGUUGGCAGUGGCACUUACCACAAAUUUACAGCCUAAUUUCCCACCUUUGUGAAGAGAAAGAUAUUCAGGGACCUGAGAAGCUGUAAUUAUGACCAUCUUCAGGAAAAGAGACAGAUGUUAGUGUGGACAUUAAAGAUGUCCUCCUGCUGUCUGCUGCAGGAAAGUCAUUGUCGAGGUGGAGGAAGAGCUCUCCAAAACGCAUUGUGGAUGCCAUCCUGCAAGAGACAAAAUAGAUAUGAUAAUUCAAGGAGCAGCAACAGCUACUGUGUAUGGCCAUCUUUGACUACACUAAAGCCUUUGACUGACAACCGAGAGGAACUUUGGAGAAAGCUUCUUAAAUUUUGCUGCCUCAGAAAUCUGACUAUUAUAUAACUGCUAUGUUUGAUGGAAGCCAUGUUUCUAACAAGUCCACAAUGGGUCCAGACUCGGUUCAAAUUAGUGUCUGGCAAUAUGUGUGUCAUCCUAUACAUUUCUCAAUCUUUCUUCUUCACCUUGCCUGCAGCAAGUUUCCUUCUGAACUGGAGCAGUUGACUGAAUGGGCAAUUGUUCCAUUUGCUUCACUUGGUCUCUCGAACCAAGGUUACUGCAAUCUCUGUUAGAGUUGCAAAAUACAGCCGACACUUAUGUGCAUACAGACUUGGAAGCUAAGCUCCAGAUUAUUGGCUCAUUCACUUGCAGCACAAAGAAAUUGGCCUUACACAAAGCAUCCUCAAAGCCAGCCCCUCAGCAUUGCCCUCUGUCAAUAAAGGCUAAUAAUAUGCCCCUCAAGAACAUGGAUUGCAUUCAUGUCUUGGCUGCUACCACUUACUGAAGGUAGACAUCAGUGAAAAGGUUCACCACUACCUGUGAUGAGCAAACAUAUCCUUCAACUAUUUGUGGAAAAGGGUAUUUGUAGUUCAAAACUCAGCAAAAAAAAAAAAAUGAUCUACCAGCCAGCAAUGAUUUCUGCUCUCCUAUAUGGUUGAAAGACAUCGACAAGUAAAUUUCGAAUAUGGGUAUCACGAACACCAGUUUUGCAAGAUUUCAUCAUAUCCGCUUGUAGACUAAAUGAACCAACGUCAGUGCUCCUCUCCUAGCCCAGCAUCCCCAGCAGAGGCUCCGAUUACAUCAUCUAACUCCAAUGGGCCAGCCACACUGGACAAGAAACCUAGUGGAAAUAACAGACCUCACUACUCCAGCCAUCCUCAGAACCCCAUCAAAUACUUCCUGCCUCGCUGAUACCAAUGUCCGUGGAUCCCACAUUGCCUUCAUCAGCCAUCUCAGAACACUUAGUCCCCUUGCAGGACUGCCCAAGGUGGUGAUCCAGAAUCUGUUUACACCAAGCGCCCCCAUGCACUCUUUUACUGUUUCUAGAUUCCAAACCCUCUCCCUAAAUCAGUGGGAUGGAAAGGUGCUGGGUUAAUCCAAAAAUAUGUGAUUGCAACUGAUAGACAAAGUUCAUCAAUUUGGGACUAGACUUGUGUAAUUGUAAGAAUGAAUAGGGAUCUAUGAUAUAGGUGCAAGUAAAUCAUAAAUCAUACUACUUGUAUCACAUCACUCAUUGUAGAAAUCGUACAUUGUAUUGCUCAGUAGCGCCUGGCCUGUAGACUGAAAAUAAACCAGAUAUUAGCCACA